AUGGAUAUUGUUUUUCACCCCGGCAAAAAUGGAACUGAUCCUUGGGUAGAGUUCUAUCCCUACACGCCAUCUGCCACGGCCGGGUAUGCCUUUAUGGGUAUCUUCGCGGUUUCGACCCUUGCUCAUAUCGUGCUGAUGUUUCCAUUUCAUGCUGCCUAUUUUAUUCCACUGGUACUAGGCGGGAUUUGCGAGACAUUCGGCUACUACGGCCGAGCAUGGUCACACCAGUCUCGAUUUGAGAUCAAGUCGUGGACCUUGCAGGAGAUACUCAUUCUAUCUGCACCACCUCUUGUGGCAGCCACAGUCUAUAUGGUCCUCGGCCGCAUUGUCAGUUCCUUGGGCGCUGAACAUCUUUCAAGCAUGCGCCCCAAAUGGCUCACGUUUGUCUUUGUUAUGAACGAUGUGCUCUGCUUCUGUACACAACUGGGGGGUGCGGGUGUCCAAGUUACCGGGGAUGAGCAGGUGAUGAGAAUUGGCAAAAAGGUCGUUUUAGCUGGCUUGAUCUUCUCGUUGGUUGUCUUUGGCUGUUUUAUCCUAAUCGCGGCCAAAUUUCAUCAACUUCUACGACAAAUGCCUACACCCAUUAUCAAGGACAACCCCGAUCUGCCCUGGCAGCGACACAUGUGGGCAAUAUACAUUUCUUGCUUUGCAUUGAUGCUGCGAAAUCUGGUGCGGACUAUUCAAUUUGGAGCCGGCCAGAAAACCGACGUCAACACCAAGGAGGUCUAUAUCUAUGUUUUUGAUGCCUUUUUGAUGGCUUUUACCAUGGUUGUAUUGAUCAUCUAUCAUCCGGGUCGGCUUAUCAAGAGGGCUCAUCGCCUAACCAAGACUGGUAUGUCCGAUUCUCUAACGGGAGAUGGCAAUUCUGAUGUACUUUUGAAUGGAUGUGAAAUGGGCCAGAAGCCAGGUGAUCACUCUGGGCGAUAA